UUCCAAUAACAAUAAUUUAUGCUAUUUCUUCUUAUUAGAAGAAAUGGCGACAUGCUAAUAUGUUACCAUAAGAGUAUUAAACAUUUAGGUUAUAAACCACACCGAUUUUAAUAUUUGACGAUUCUGGUAUGGUGAAUAAGUAAGAGAGAUUUUUUUCCGAUAUUACACAAAGAGGCACAAUUAUUCAAAAUUUCCGCUCAGUUUCUUUUCUUUAUCUUCUUUGGUAUAAGGAAUAAACAAACGAGCUAGAAUGAUGCAUAUAAGCAUACAGCAUGAUUGACCGCCAAAGUCGACAUAAGAGUCUGUAAAACUUUUGAAACCAGUGUGACGAAAUUGGCAACUUGUGUUUCAUAUUCUUUUAUAACGGGAUCUCCAUCGGUAAAGGUUAGGAGCGAAAUUUGCUGAGACGGAAAACAAAACAUAAUGGAACUGGCGCCCGUCGCAAACGAUCCUACGAUAAUAAAUCUUAAAAGGGAAAUUGUUGUUUUAUAUAAGACGUUAUCGAUUUAUGGAAACGAAAUAACUACUUUAAGAGAUAAAUUGAAAUCCAAAAAGUGUUUAAAAUGUGGACACGAAGCACAAAAUCGUAUGACAAGAGGUACCAGCACACGUGAUUUGAUUCCAUCACAUAAUGUAGGUGUUCAGUUUCCAGAUAUGUUUCCAGAUGCAGAUCUGUAUCCAGAUCCAGAUCUGCUUCCAGAUGCAGAUCAGUUUCCAGAUUCAGAUUUGUUUCCAGAUCCAGAUCUGUUUCCAGAUCCAGAUCUGUUUCCAGAUGCAGAACUCUUUCCAGAUCCAGAUCUGUAUCCAGAACAAGAAUUCUUGACGUUCGAUGAGUACUUGAAAGUUAUAAGCUCAGCAACUCCUACUAAUGACGCGGAAGAAUUAAUGCCGCCAAGUAUGGAUGAUGAAACGUCUAGUAUGGAUACCGAACAGACAAAUGUUUCUCGUAGCAUCGAUAACAGUACGCAAACAGAUCCGAAACCAAAAAGAACUGUGGGUGAGACUUGUUCCAUAAUACACUUGAUUGUUGAUCAAAUAGAAGAUUUAUUUACAAACCAAGAAAUGAAGAAAGAUAAUGAAACUGAAGAUGAAUGUAGUGAUGAAACACCAGGGAACGAAGCUAAUGUGAGCCAGAUGCCAGAGAAAUGGAAACAAAUUUGGGAAAAGAGAAAACAAAAAAAAGUUAGACAUGACAAAGUUGAAAGUAACACCAAUGUAAUGGCAUCUGACCAUAUGCCUAAACUCACCAUUACUCCGUCUAAUAAUAUUUGUACCAACAACAUUGACUAUAUUGGUAUAGGUGAGUAUAUUGCGUCAAAAGUCUUGGAGCUUUAUUAUAAAAAGGAUACAGGAAAUGAAGUCGAGAGUGAGGAAAACAUUGAGCUAGGCGCAGACCAAAUUGCUAAGAAGUUAAAAAGCGCAAAUACUUCUGAAAGAAUGGGUAAUCCUUUUGGACAAACAUUGAAGCCUGUUUUUGAAACAAAUAUGGAAAAUACUUUUGUAAGCGAAGAGAAUACUUGUUUAGUUGUGGGUGACUGUGCUCUUACAAACAUUGAAAACGCUUUGCAAGAAAAAGCUGACCCCUUUAAAGAAGCUUGAAACCUACUAAAUUUUGAAAAAACAUUUUAACUUUUUGAUAACUUAACUUAAUAACUAACUUAUUUUUGUGUAUAUAGAACCAAAACUAAUACUUUGAAAAAUUAUAUUGUAUGAUAAAUUCGGGAUUUGAUUAAAGUUAAUGAAAUGACGUUAGCUAACAACAGGGGACCUCUCAAAAGAAACAACUUCACUUAUUCGCUUAGUGGAUGUACGUACAAAAUAUCCGGAAUAAAUAAUUUGAAAGACAUUUUAUCGAUAUCGUAUUUAAGAAGUAGAUAUUGAUUUCUUUCACGUAGUAAUAAGUUUGUAUCUUCUAUCCAAUUGUCAGGAAAAACUUAUUAAAUGGAACUUUUGUAACUUAUAUAUUAUACCAGAAUAUCCAGACCUUAUAAGUAACAAAACAUGGAUAAGAAAUAUUUUAUUUUGUUAGAAUUUUUUGUAAAAAAUUCAAAAAAUCACCGGAUAUCCGUUAUGAAAGAACUUAUGGAA